CCGGUUUAGACCUCUGUUGCUGUGCAGCGCCAGUAGCACACUCAGGUGUGCACGUUGAUCGCUCCUUCUUCUGGUGGCCUGUGUAAAUUGCCUGAUCCUCCUCCCAGCCAGAGGCACUACACAUAGAGCUUGUGGAAAGGCCAGUUCGUGGUGUUGAUGGUGGACUUUCCGGGUGGUGGUACUCUUUUGAUUUGCUGCACAAUUUUCUUUAGUUUUGUUGUUUUGUUUGCUGUGUUUCUUUUAUUUAGGUCACUACCCUGAACUGCACUGCCACCCUUGACUUGAGCCGUCACUGUUAUUUAUUUAAUGACAAACAGCAGCGGUUCAUUUUUUUGAGCUGGUCAUUUGUAGUCAUGGAGGAAGAGCUACUUGAAUUGAGGAACUUGGUUGCUCAAUUGAAGGCUGACAAUGAAAAGCUGCGUACAGAGCAUUCACCUUCCACAUCUAGCUCCAGUGCUGGGCCGUCUUCAGCCUCUGCAACCCCCACCGUCCAAGUAACAGACAGCAACAGAAGACGCACUGACGUCUCUGCUGACGCCCUUUAAAGCGACACCUACUUGUACGGACCCUUGGCUUCUUUCCUUCCCACAGCGAACAACUAUUCCCAGUUACGACUCUUCAAAUCUCCGAGGACUAAAAGAUGGCCAACACCGAGGGAAGCAAGCUGUGGGGAGGCCGUUUCGUGGGAGAUACCGACCCAAUCAUGGAGAAAUUCAAUGCGUCCAUCACCUAUGACCAGAGGAUGUGGGAUGCUGAUAUCCGAGGCAGCAAAGCGUAUGUCAAAGCUUUGAAAAAGGCGAAUCUGGUCAGCACGGAGGAAAUGGAGCAAAUACUGCAGGGGAUGGACCAGAUUUCUGAAGAAUGGUCUAAAGGUGCAUUUUUGAUCAAACCUGAAGAUGAAGACAUUCACACAGCCAACGAACGCAGGCUUAAGGAGCUGAUUGGUGCUCCUGCAGGGAAGUUGCACACCGGUAGGAGCAGAAAUGAUCAGGUGGUGACGGACAUGAGGUUGUGGCUACGAGACGCCGUCGCUACGCUAACAGAUAACUCCCUGCAGCUCAUCUCCACCAUGGUGGAGCGGGCAGCAAUAGAAAUUGAUGUCCUUUUUCCUGGUUACACCCACAUGCAGAGGGCUCAGCCAAUCAGAUGGAGCCACUGGAUUCUGAGCCAUGCUGUAGCUUUAAGCAGAGACGUGGAGCGGCUUCUGGAGAUCAAGAAAAGAGCAAAUAUUUUACCUCUUGGCAGCGGUGCCAUCGCGGGCACACCUUUUGACAUCGACAGAGAACUACUGCGGGCAGAGUUGGGAUUUGAUGGCAUCAGCCUAAACAGUUUGGAUGCUACAGGACAGAGAGACUUUGUUGCGGAGUUCUUGUUCUGGGCUUCACUGUGUUUGACCCACCUUAGUAAGAUGGCCGAGGAUCUCAUGCUGUACAGCACUAAGGAGUACUCUUUCGUCACGCUCUCCGAUGCCUACAGCACAGGCAGCAGUCUGAUGCCGCAGAAGAAGAACGCAGACAGUCUGGAGCUGAUCAGGAGUAAAGCAGGUCGUGUCUUUGGCAGAUGUGCAGGAUUCAUGAUGACUCUGAAGGGUCUGCCCAGCACAUAUAACAAGGAUCUGCAGGAGGACAAAGAAGCCAUGUUUGACUGCUAUGAUACUGUCCAUGCUGUGCUGCAGGUGACAACUGGAGUCAUGUCGACUCUAAAGAUCAACCAGAGUGUAAUGGAAGCUGCGCUCAGUCCCGACAUGUUGGCCACAGAUCUGGCCUAUUACCUCGUGAGAAAAGGGGUGCCAUUCAGAGAAGCCCAUGGUCUCUCUGGAAAAGCUGUAUUUACAGCUGAAUCUAAAAAUGUCUCCCUGAAUCAACUGACUGAGGUGGACCUCACUGCUGUCAGCCCGUUGUUUGGAAGUGAUGUGUCUUCAGUGUGGGACUACAGGAGCAGCGUGGAGCAGUACAGCGCUUCUGGGGGAACAUCGAAGAGUAGCGUCUCUGCCCAGGUGGAACACCUGAGGAACUGGCUGAAAACUCAGUCGCAGUGACCUUCCCUCUGUGACCUCCAUCUGUCAGACUCCAGUCAAAGUGAAUUACUCACACCUUAAAUCACACUGCCUUUAUAAAGCUUGAAAUCAAUUUGCUUUAAGUGACUUUCAUCUUAAGAUACUUUUGUUGAUCAUGUAUUCUUACCUGAGCAGUGGUCAAUAAGUUAUGAAAUAAAGGAUAAUGUUACAGACUUCACUCAAAUAAACCAUGAGUGUUGAUUUAUUUAAUUUCCAGCUGUUUUCAGAUCAUCCACUGAUGACUGCAUAAAUUCCCUCCAGUUUUUACUGUUUUGUGCCUGUUGACACGUCUUCCAUUCCUUCGCCCAUUUUAUACCAAUGUACUGAAAAUUUCUGAUACUGUUUUUUUCUGAAAGACUUGCAGUAUUGAACUCUAUUUGCUUAUGUGAUUUUGCAUCAAUAUGUAUUAUUUUAUUGAAGACAAUAUAAACAUGCUCUUUCUUUUGGUAAAAGUUUAAUGUUCGUCUUUAUUU